GAUGGCGGCCGACGGACAGCCCCAACACAGACCGGGUGCUUUAAAACAGCAAAACAAGACACACAAAAGUGGGAGACAUCGAACUAAAGGCCAGUUAGAUAAAGACACAAAAGGUCGAGUUAGUGUUAAAGUGUUAAGCAAGAAAGCCAAACAAAAUGCAAAGAAAUCUGACAGAAGGAAUCAGGCUCUGCAAUUACGUAAAAAUAAAAGAGAUGAAGUUCUAGCAAAGAAGAGGAGCCGCGGCAGUGCUGGAAGCCCUCCUCACCUAGUGCUCAUCCUCCCCCUGUGUAAUGGCGUGUAUGGCAAUGAUGUUCUGGAGCUGAUUAAGACCUGUGAUGACACAGCGGUGGUGAAUACCAGUGAUCUUGGUGUCAUACAUAUCAGUGUGCCCCGUUUCAAGCAGAGAUUUGCCUUCAUGGUCCCCGAGUACGGUAACCUCACCGCUCUCCUUGACGCUGCCAAAGUUGCAGACAGCAUGCUGUUAAUGUACUCACCAGAGUUUGCCGCAGACAGCUACGGUGACUAUUGUCUGGCGUGUCUACAAGCACAGGGGAUGCCCUCUGCACUGCAUGGGGUCCAGGGGUUGAAAGCUGUUCCUCUGAAGAAGCAGACGGAAACCAAAAAGAUGAUACAAAAAUAUAUUGAACGCAGAUUUCCUAAAGAAAAAUGUCACAGUUUGGACAGCAGUCAGGAAGCUGUGCAGCUCCUCCAUCACAUCAGCAGCCAGAAGUUAAAACCUAUCCAUCUGAGAGAGCGAAGGCCCCAUCUUGUGGGAGAAAGUGUCAGCUUUGAACUCAAUGAUGAAAAUAGCCAGGAGGGCACCCUGAAGGUGUCAGGCUAUGUGAGGGGCUGCCCCCUGAGUGUCAAUGGCCUGGUUCACAUCCCUGGCUGGGGGGACUUCCAGAUGAAGCAGAUAGAUGCCCCUCGGGAUCCAUUCCCCUUGAUCCUCAGGGUGGAGAAGGAGAGGAAGAGGAAGGGGGAGGCCAUGGAUGAAGACAUGGCAGACACCAAGAUGGAAGAAGACAUCAAGGUGUUGGAGACGGCACAACCUAGCCACCAGGAGUCGCUGCAGUCUGAGGUGAUACCUGACCCAAUGGAGGGCGAGCAAACAUGGCCGACAGAGGAGGAGCUGAGGGAAGCAGACACAGAGUUCCAUGAAAAGAAGACAAUUACCAAGAAGGUCCCCAAGGGAACAUCAGAAUACCAGGCUGCAUGGAUUGUAGACAGUGGUGAUGAAGGUGAAGAUGAGGAUGAUGAAUCAGAGAGUGAAGAUGGUGAAACAAAGAUGGCAGUAGAGGAUGAAGAUGAUGAUGAAGAUUCUGAAGCCAAUGACGAAGAGGAAGAGGAGGAAGACGAUGGAACAAAUACAGACAAGGGGACUGUCUCUUUUGGCAAUGUUGAGAAGUAUGAUGCUGAUUAUGAUAUGGAUGAGGAAGAAAAGAUGCUGGAGAAGUAUAAGGCAGCCAGAGCAGAUGAGAUGUUCCCUGAUGAAGUAGACACCCCCAUGGACACGCCAGCCAGAGUGAGAUUUCAGAGAUACCGUGGUCUGAAAAGCUUCAGGACAUCCCCGUGGGACCCCAAGGAGAACCUGCCAGCUGACUAUGCCAGGAUUUUCCAGUUUGAAAAUUUUAAAAGAACAAAGAAAAGAGUGCUUGAGGAGGAGAAGGAUGGGGCUGAGCCUGGUUGGUAUGUCACAGUUCAUGUUGCCAAUGUUCCAAGAGCUUUCAUGGAAUCCUACACAGCUGGCUCUCCUGUGGUGUUGUACGGACUACUUUCACACGAGCAGAAGAUGUCUGUGGUACACUUCAUGGUGAAACGUCUGCCGCAGAGCACUGAGCCAAUCAAAUCUAAGGAGCGGUUGAUCUUCCAUGUAGGCUACAGGAGAUUUGCUGCCUGUCCGAUAUUUUCACAGCAUACGAAUGGAGACAAGCAUAAGUUUGAAAAGUUCUUCAAGAAGGACAUGAUGUGUGUGGCCACUGUAUUUGCCCCCAUCAUAUUUCCUCCAGCCUCUGUACUGGUGUUUAAAGAACAGUGCAAUGGAGAUCAUGAUUUGAUAGCCACAGGGUCAGUUCUGUCCGUCAACCCUGACCGUAUAGUGGCCAAGAGAGUGGUCCUCAGUGGUCAUGCCUUUAAGAUUAACAAGAAAUCAGCUGUGGUCAGAUAUAUGUUUUUUAACAGAGAGGACAUACUGUGGUUCAAGCCUGUAGAACUGAGGACUAAGUAUGGGAGGAGAGGGCACAUCAAGGAGGCUUUGGGCACCCAUGGUCACAUGAAGUGUAUAUUUGAUGGUCAGCUGAAGUCUCAGGACACUGUGUUGAUGAACUUGUACAAGAGGAUGUAUCCAAAGUGGACAUACGACCCUCAUGUAGCAACCCCUCCUAACAGGACCUCUGCCCCCCUCACAGACGUGUACAUGGAUGACAUUAGUGACCUGUUUUGAUUUUGAAAGAUCACAUUUCUGGUCUUGUCCUUAGUCAUAGUAUUUAAUUUUAUCCAAAUUCUUGAUAAGAUUUUAUCAAAUUUAAGAAAUAAAAAGAAUUGUGUCAAGAAGAGGAUGUUACUGAAGUGGAUCCUAUAUGUGGGAGUUCAGCGCCCCCUUUUGAGUGUUUUCAUGGGAGGUGUCAGACAAUAAGUUUGAAGUCUACAGGUUAUUGUAAGAUUGGCUCAGGAAUUUUUAGAUGUCACUUGUUGAAAGCAUCUAAUAGUAAUAAUAAUAAUAAUAAACUGCUUGACAAAACA